UUACAUGCUUCUUAACUGAGGACAAUAAUUAUUGACACUUGCUUUAUAUAUAUAAAAUGUAUUUCACUUAACUUUUACCAUACAUAUAAAAGUGAUAUCAACAAAUUGAGAUGGCGGAAACAAUCAAAAUACUUUCUGGUGAAGAUUAUGUGAACCAUUUUGAUUCAAAGGCAUAUACAGGAGCAUUUUUCAGUGAGAUUGAAAUCGAUGGAUAUUCGUUUGCAAAAUUUAGAUUGAAAACUCUACACAAAAUAUAUUCAAAAGGUAACAUAAGAGGAAAAGUGCUACUUGAAAUUGGAUCUGGACCGUGUAUACACACAGUUAUACCAGCAGCAAGUUGGUUUGAUGAAAUAAUUUUGACAGACUUUUCACCCAGUAAUAGAGACAUGCAAGAAAAAUGGCUGAAAAAAGACCAUGGCGCACAUAACUGGGACAACUUUUUCAAAUAUUACAGUAAACUAGAUGGUAAUGAGGACAACUGGCAACAACUUGAAGCCACUUUAAGACCAAAGAUAAAACGAGUUCUUCCCUGCGAUGUUUACAACCAAAAUCCUCUCGAUCCAAUUCAGUUAAAUCAAGUUGAUGUCAUCUGCACGAGUGCGUGUCUCGAAUCAGCAUGUCUAGAUAAAGAUGCAUAUCACAAUGCGAUGAAAAAUGUAAUAUCUUUGUUGAAACCGGGCGGAAAACUUAUUCUGAUCGGUGUUCUCAAUUGUCCUCAGUAUACUGUUGGGAGUGAAAUUUUCAAGUGUUUUUCCAUCUCCAGGGACGAAGUUAUCAACACAGUUAAAGCGAACGGUUUAGAUGUAAUUGAAUUAUUUGACGACGAUUCUUCGGCAGAAGAGGGCACAACAAUAUUUAAUGGAACAGUUGUCAUACUUGCUGAGAAAAAAUAACUGGCAGUGGUGUUCGAUCACUUCAAUUACUAAAAUAUCGAAUAGACUUUUUUAGUUUUGAUAUAUUUCUUCGGCGAGAUGUCAUUAUAUAUAGUAGGUGCAAUCAAUUAGGACUAAUUUGAUAUAUUAAUCAACAACUUGAACUUUGAACUUUUAUUAUUGAGAUUCGAUUUUAAUAGACAAUGAUUGAAAUGUUCUGAUUUUAAUAACACGAUAGUACUGUCAACUUAGAAGCCAAUUAUUCGGUACUGUCAUGUUUGUAAAUGAUACAUGUUAUAAUUCCACUAUUUAAAGAGAGGUUUAAUUAGUCAUACAGUGUGCUGAAGUUCAAAUACGA